CCGCAUAUUUGUAGCUGUUAAAGUGAUACCCAGUGGUGGUUGGUGGGGAGGUUUGAAAAUGAAAAUCUAGCCAUGAAUCGAAUGGUUCGUGGUUUACAUUGUUGUGUACUCAGAAGCAUCACAUUGAAUACAGCGAGUCUCCCAAAACUAGCUGCCGCUGUCACGUUUACUCUUUGAAACCCGUGUUUUAUCCCAAGGUAAAUUUGGGCAAGUUAAAGUGGUAUCCGUGGGAAAAAUCCAGGCUACUGAUUGGUUCCCUGAAUUGUCUGGCCAGUCCGUAUCACUGGAGUAGCCAGAAUAGCGACCUGCAAGGAAUAAAACUUCACGUGCACCACACUGGCUGUAUGACGUCUUGUGCACCCAGGUCAUUAAUGAGAUGCAGCAGAGGCUGAGCGUGAGGAACCUCCCACCGUGCCGAGAGAUCCGGGAGCUUCCGUUCCGCUGCCCGCGGUGCGGGGAGCGGGAGAGGUUCCGCAGCCUGUCGUCCCUGCGGGCUCACCUGGACUACAGCCACGCCUACCACACGCUGCACGACCUGGGCCCCGGCAGCAGGUGGCGCCCUGCGGACGCCGCGCCGCUGCCGGACGGCCGGAGGGCCAGGGAGGGCCGCUGCACCGAGAGGUGCAAGAGCGCAGAGACGCGUCGCCCGGGAGACGAUAACGACGGCGGCGGCAACGCCACCGCCACCACGGGGAAGGGGCGCUCGAAACACGGCGAGGUGACUGUGAAGGAGGUGCAGGGGGAGGAGCAAGGGGAGGAGAAGGAGAAGGAGGAAGGGGGAGGGGCGCCCGAGGGGGCGGCAGCAGUGGCGGUAGUGGCGGUGGGGGCGGAGCCGGCAGGGGCGGAGUUGGCGGGGGCGGAGCCACCGGGGGCGGAGCCAGGCGCCCGCUUGCGCCGCAGGCUGCAGGACAUGCUGCGGGCGACGGACGGCACGGCGGAGCGGAGGCUGCUCAGCGUGAGCACGGAGCUGGCGCGGGCCGACUCCGAGCUCCUGCGCCACCGCGCCCGCUCCCAGCACCUGGCGCAGGUGAAGCAGGAGCUGUGCCAGCGGGAGAGGGCGCUCACCCGCCAGGUGGACUCCGCCGUCAUGGUGAUCGCCACCCUGCGCCAGCAGCUCUGCGCUUCCCAGCAGGAGCUGGAGAGGAAGGAACAGGAAGUUAUAACAAUUCAUCACUUUCUGGAAACAGCUGUCCAGCACGAGAUGUGUGGGAAAGUUCGGCUGCAGAGCUUCAUCGAGAACCUCUUGCAGCGCAUCAGCCUGGCGGAGAGGCUUUUGAAAUACUAUCAGAGCUCUUCCAGCCAGCCCAACUGCACAGCUCACUGUAUGUCCCACACCAUUGAAAAUGGACCUCUGAGAAUAACCAAAAGCAGGUCGGCUGGUGGCCUCCUGACGUCAGAGGACCCCACGGAGACGAGGGAACCUUCCGAUCGGAAAGGGCGGCCUUUCACGAAAUCCCCGAGAGAGAGCCAGGGACACUCCCCCGACUACAAGCCGGGAGAAGGGAAGGGCCAGCACAGACAGUUGGCCCGCUACGAGGCCUAAGUGAUCUUGCCCAGUGCGGGUGAGCCCUCCAGUGCACCGAUCCAGAUUAUUCCAGAUUGUAGCGUAGCGCCACGGGAAAAUUGGUCUUCAUAUAGACACAUCUCUGAAUGUAGCAAAAUAUUUAAUUGAUUGUUUAAUGUCAUUGCAUAUCGGACAUCAUGUUAUCAGCUGGGAUAGGGGACUGUGUUCCUUUCUCAAAACAGUUGUUUUUGCCAAAUGCUGUUUAUCAUUCACCAUAUGGGGCGGGUUUCUUGUGUUUAGAAUGUCACAUGCUUCAUUAAAGGUGUGAAUGUUCGUAUGCUUUUAUAAGAGCUCAGUCUUACCGAUAGGAUAACCUUAUGAUAUUUAUUUAUUGUUGUCUUGUUUAUAGUGUACUUUGUAUUUCUUUGAUACUGUGUAUUCAGUCAAAUUAAACAGUGGAUAUUUGGUAACUAAAGGUGAUUGUAUACUAGAGUUUUCUGAAUGCAUUUUUAAUAGUGCUGUCGUUAUUAUGAUAUUGUCGUUUAUAUGCUUUUUGCUGUUCAAUUCUGAAUAUAGAGCAAUACUGUGCAAUAGGAAAAAAUAUAUAUUUUUCUCUAAACUGAUACUCCUCUAUGUCCAACACUGUGUUUAUACUGGAAAUGGUAAAAUGCCAAUGACUGCUAAUUUUCACUCAUAUUAAUACUGAUGAAUAUUUAGUAAUCCUUAGAAUCUGAUACUGUGAUCUUAUGGUUUUGUUGUAUAUACCUCUGGUAGGUUUAUUUUUUCAGAUAGCCGGAUACUUUUGGCUCAGCUUUUCAGAAAUAUUUUUAGAAUCACUAUAUUAAAUGCAUGACCUGGUGAUUUGCAUAUUGUUGGAUCUGCAUGUGCUUCUUUAGAUGGUAAAACCUGUAUUGCGAUAUAAUAUCUUGCACUAUGUACUGUGGACCAAAUAUAUUUUUGUGGUGAAAAUUCUGUCGGUGCAUAAACAACAAUGCAGGUUUCUAUAUAAAACAGUACACCUGACAAUCAGACAGAUAAAGCAAAUGUGCCAACUUUGUGGUUAGUUUUGUCUCUCGACUAUUGUGUAAUAUCUCAUAAUGGGUAUAUUGAUAUUAAAUAUGAUAUAAUAUAUAUUAUAAAAUCUGAUAUUUUUGAUGUUGAGUCCUGUUGGCUUUGCAUUCUGCGUUUUAAGUGGGCAAUGUACAACACUAGUCCCUUGUGUAUGUGUGCCUUCAAUUGGGGGGGAAAAAUGUAGCCUUUGAAACACUGUGAGAAACACAACUCUGUAUUCUUAAUUAAAAAUUGUGUUGCUCUCCGUCAAAUCAUAAAGAAUAAAAUUUAAAAUGAUGUC